ACCCGUCACCGUCUAGACUCUAGAGUUAAUCACUUCGUUUUGGGAGCACUCCAAGAGUUAAUCGCAGCCAAAUAAAAGGCCACUUCACCGCUACGGCAGCUCUCUUCAGUUCCCAGUCGGUCUCGCCGCAACUGCAGCUGCAAGGAAAGCUUUGCCACCUUGGGUCCUUGCCUCGGGCCAUUACUGCCUCUCUCUCUCCACUCCACCUUCCAGUUUCAAUUCGCCCACACUCCUCCGCACUCCAGUCCCCACUCCAGAGCUCGCGCCCCCCUCUCUCUCCUCCCUCGCCUUCCGCCAUGGCUUCCCUCUCCUCGUAGCACGCGCCAGCGGUAGUGAUCCAGAUCCGCUCGCUCGGCGCCGGCUGGCGAGGCCAUGGGGGGCUGCCACGCGAAGCCGCUCACGCACGACGCCAACGACGGCUCCCCGCCGCGCGCCGCGCCGGCCACGCCGCCGCCGCAGGCGUCCGCGCCCGCGACGCCCGCGACGAAGAAGCACUGGACGUCGUCGCCCUUCUUCCCUUUCUCCACGCCGAGCCCGAGCCCGGCGCACCACCUCUUCUCCUCCUCCUCCGCGGCGUCCCCCAGGACCACCAAGCAGUCCCCCGCGGGCUCCACGACGCCCAACACCCCGGCCAGGCGGCUCCUGCGGCUGCCCUUCCCGCCGCCGUCCCCCGCCAAGCACAUCCGCCAGGCGCUCGCGCGGAGGCACGGCCCGACGCGGCCGGCGAUCCCCGAGGAAGGAGGCGAUGGGGAUGGCGGCGGGAGAGGGCUCGACAAGGGGUUCGGCUUCAACAAGGCGUUCGCGGCUAAGUACGAGAUGGGGGAUGAGGUCGGGAGGGGCCACUUCGGCUACACGUGCGCCGCGAGGAUCAAGAAGGGGGCGCGCAAGGGGGAGGCCGUCGCCGUCAAGGUCAUCCCCAAGGCCAAGAUGACCACAUCCAUUGCUAUAGAGGAUGUCCGAAGGGAGGUGAAAAUUUUGAAGGCUUUGGCUGGACACAAGAACUUGGUCCAAUUUUAUGAUGCCUAUGAGGACAACGAAAAUGUCUACAUAGUAAUGGAGUUGUGCGAGGGAGGGGAGCUUCUGGAUAGAAUACUUUCCAGAGGUGGGAAGUACUCUGAGGAUGAUGCAAAAGCAGUCCUGGUGCAAAUAUUAAAUGUUGUUGCUUUUUGCCACAUUCAAGGAGUGGUUCAUAGGGAUCUCAAACCAGAGAAUUUUCUUUUUUCUUCGAAAGAUGAGAACUCUCAACUUAAGACUAUUGACUUUGGCUUAUCAGAUUUUGUAAAACCAGAUGAGAGGCUAAAUGAUAUUGUUGGAAGCGCUUAUUAUGUUGCUCCUGAAGUUCUGCACCGAUGCUAUAGCACAGAAGCUGAUGUCUGGAGUAUAGGUGUAAUUGCAUAUAUCCUCCUUUGUGGGAGCCGUCCUUUUUGGGCACGCACUGAAUCUGGCAUAUUCCGUUCUGUCCUCAAAGCCGACCCCAGUUAUAACGAGGCACCUUGGCCUUCCCUGACACCAGAAGCAAUGGAUUUUGUUAAGCGUCUGCUGUGCAAGGAUCCACGUAGAAGGAUGACUGCAGCUCAAGCUUUAGGUCAUCCAUGGAUCAGAAAUUACAAUGACAUUAAGAUGCCAUUGGAUAUCCUUAUAUUCCGUCUUAUCAAAGCUUAUAUUCGUUCGUCAUCAUUACGUAAAGCUGCUCUGAGGGCUUUAUCAAAGACUUUGACUGUGGAUGAGCUUUUUUAUAUGAAGGGGCAGUUUUCUUUAUUGGAACCUGACAGAAAUGGAUGCAUAACCCUAGAUAAUAUCAGAAUGGCCUUGACAAGAGAAGCCACUGAUGCGAUGAAAGAAACAAGAGUUCAGGAGAUUCUUGUCUCGUUGAGCGCUCUUCAGUACAGAAGAAUGGACUUUCAUGAGUUCUGUGCAGCUGCAGUCAGUGUUCACCAGCUUGAAGCAUUAGAUAGAUGGGAGCAACAUGCCCGAUCUGCCUAUGAACUUUUUGAGAGGGAUGGAAAUCGAGCUAUUGUAAUCGAUGAACUGGCUUCUGAACUGGGUCUCAGCCCUUCUGUACCGCUGCACGUUGUUCUGCAGGACUGGAUCCGUCACACUGAUGGGAAACUGAGUUUUCUUGGGUUCGUCAAGUUGCUGCAUGGCAUGUCCAGUAGGUCCCUGUCAAAGAUCAGAUAACUGUUGAUAAUUUCUAACGACAGCACAGAUUUAUACUGCCCCAGCCCCAGCAGCUACCAGCUCGGUUCACAGUCAACAGACAACAUAUGGCCAAGGAAUUGUCCGUCAACUGGAGAACUGGAGCCUGCAUACCGAGGUCAACUGCCUGUGCUAGUACCCCCUGGUCUGUCACUAAUUUCAGUAUAGAGUUCUGUUUGCGGUCGCCUGACUGCUGAUCCUCAUUGUCUUCUUCUUCACAAAACUUGGACAUCAGCAUUUAGAUUAGGAAAAGGAAAACGGUCACCCAUGUCUCUGCAACAUGUGAUGCCUCCUCUAACAGUCUUAGAAUAGCCAAGUCAUGUUCCCUUGCUGUGGACAGCGCUGUAAAAUGCCCCGGUUUUGGGAACUGGAGCAGAUAUAUCACUCGCUGCCAUUGUCAUUAGUGUGCCAUUAUAUUGAUUGAGUUGAAGAUGCUUGAAUUUUGUGCAGUUCA